GUGUUAAGUCAUCUGCUGAGUUUAUCAGCCAUGUAAAGUCACCGCAGAGCUUAAAGGCCCUGAGUUAAUAGCUAAGUCAACAAUAAGGUGUUUGCCAACCCUCACUUCUGUCAAUACCGUCGUGCAGCAGAUCCUGCUCUCUUACCGCACGGAGUAGGAUGCAAUUGUUUGCUCUGUCACGGCAAACCGAGCAUGUUUUUUUAUUGACUUCCUAUUGAACCGUUCGGCUUACCGUUGCCAUUCUGAAUUCUGCGGUUCACUCGACUGGUGAAGGCUAGUGACCUCGACAUUACACUGGAUUGAGUUACAGUCCUCCGUGCCGUCAUACCAGGACCCCCGUUUUUCGUUGGAGGAUUUGCCGCAGCCGUAACUCCGGCUCCAGUAAUGAGGAAUCCUGAUUCCAUCGCUGUAACGUUAUAGGCCUGGGCCCUAACAAUGAACUCCAUUAACGCUGAAGAGGAGGCUGAAUUUCUGGGCUCCCUGUAAGGCCUCUUUGCUGUUUUUAACAUCACCUGGCCUUUGGACCUUUCCCUUCCAAUUCCGAGGAACUCCAGCUCUGCAUUACAUAACUCAGGGAAAACCGACCAGCGCGCUGCAGCGGCGAAACACUUCCCCGGUCUACUUCCUGCCACACGCCAACUACCUCUUUUCAAGGAAAUGCAGUUGGGGCGGGACCGCUGUCUGGUGGUUAUGGGACGGGAUGCCUGCAUCUGAGCUCAAGCCGAACUGUGAGACCCGCAGCAGGAUCCACGCUGACAAGUUGCUGGUUCUCGGAACAUUCCCGGAAUGUUUGGAAAGUCAAGGCAUGGAUAUCUACGACCCCCAGACUCUAGGCAUUGUGGUGUUCGGUGGCUUCAUGGUGAUCUCGGCCAUCGGGAUCGCCCUGGUCUCCACCUUCUCCAUGAAGGAGACGUCGUACGAGGAGGCGCUGGCCAAGCAGCGCAAGGCCCUGGGCAAGAUGCCGGCCCCGCCGCCCCGCGCCGAGAAGAAGAAGAAGGAGAAGCCAUCGGAGAAGAAGAGCCGGAACAAGAAAAAGGAGGACAAGCCUAACGGGAAGCUUCCGGAACCCGCACCCAUGCCAGAGCCAGAACCCGUGCCCGUGCCCGAUGCCAGCGAGGCGGUUAGCGACUCCGACCCCGAGCCCAUCCCUGAGCCCAUCCCCGAGCCCCCCGUCACCGUGGUGACCGCCGCUGCCCCCCGCCCCCUGGCCACGGAGGCCCCGCCCGCCCCCUCCCCCAAGGACAAGAAGAAGAAGGAGAAGAAGGUGGCCAAAGUGGAGCCUGCCCCCACCCAGGCCGCCGCCCCCGCCCCCGCCCCCGCUGCUGCCAAACCCGCCCCCGUGCUGGAGGCCGUUACCAAGGAGGUUCCCGUCAUGGCGGUGCCGCCGGUGGGAGCCCCCGCCCCUGCCCCCGCUCCGGUUAAGGUGGAGGAGCCCAAGGCUGAAACCCCCUCGAAGAAGAAGGCGGCCUCUAAAAAGAAGGCGGAGCCAGUAGUGGCGGUGGACGCAGCCGACGCUCCCCUCUACCUGCCCUACAAGACGCUGGUUUCCACGGUGAGCAGCAUGGCGUUCAGCGAGGGCGAGGCCCAGCGACUGAUCGAGAUCCUCACCGACAAGGCGGGCAUCGUGCAGGACACCUGGCACACGGCCACGCAGAAGGGCGAUCCUGUGACGGCUCUGAAGAAGCAGCUGGAGGAGAAGGACAAGCAGCUCGCCGCGGAGCAGGAGGACGCCGCCGCCGCCAAGAACCGCCUGAGGGAGCUGACCAAGGAGCUGAAUACAGAGAAGGCCAAGGUGUCGCAGGUGGAGACCCGCCUGAGCGCCCAGCUGACCGCUCGGGACCAGGAAGUGGCGGCUGUGCAGGCCCGCAUGCAGGCCAGCUACCAGGAGCACGUCAGCGAGACCCAGCAGCUCAACGCCAAGGUCCAGAGCCUGCAGGACCAGCUGGAGAAGGGUCCCAACGCUCAGCUGGCCCGCCUGCAGCAGGAGAACUCCAUCCUGCGGGACGCCCUGAACCAGGCCACCAGCCAGACCGAGAGCAAGCAAAACGCGGAGCUGGCCAAGCUGCGGCAGGACUGCGCCCGGCUGGGCCUGGAGCUCGGGGAGAAGAACGAGGCGCUGCAGGCCGAGGAGCAGCACAAGGCCGCGCUGGAGGCCAAGGUGGCGGCGGCGGAGAGCCACCUCGCCCACACCCAGGUGGAGCGGGCGGAGUGCGAGCGUGCCCUGCAGGCCCGGCUGGAGGAGGUCAGUGAGGAGCUGCGCGCGGUGCAGGCCAGCAGCAGCGGCCUGAGGGCGGAGCUGGAGAGCGCUCAGCAGGAAACCGCCUCCGUGGGCGAGCUGCAGGCGCGUGUGGCCAGUGCAGAAGCAGAGCUGCAGGAACGGGCGUCUCAGGUGGAGGGCCUGCAGGCGCAGCUGGGUCAGGCGGAGGUGGAGAAGGUCCAACUGCAGGAGCAGAUCGGCACCAUCAGCGCCCUGCUGGAGGCAGGUCGGAGCAAGGAGGUCGACGACGACAUUGAGCUCACUGAGUCAGCAGAGAAUGUGGAGUUGCAGAAAUGCUUGGAGGAGAAGGAGAGCCAAGUGAAGGCGCUGGAGGUGGAGCUUCUGCAGCUGAGAGAGGGCGUGGUGCCCGCAGAGAAGGAGGACACGUCUGACGGCACGGAGGAGGUGGCACAGCUCCAGAACAGCCUGCAGGAGAAGGAGAAGCAGGUGGCAUCGCUGGAAGAGGAGCUGAAGCAGGUGAAAGAUGACCUGGAGAAGGUUAAAAACGGGGAGGAGCCCUCUGACAACAGAAUGGAGGUUGAGGAACUCCAGAACAGUUUGAAGGAAAAAGAGAACCAGGUGGCAUCCUUGGAAGAAGAACUACAGCAGCUCAAAGAAAUGGAAGUGGUUAAAAAUGCAGAUAUUGCGCCGGACCACACAGCCGAGGUAGAGGAGCUGCAGAAACGCCUGGAGGAGAAGGAGGGCCAGGUGACGUCGAUGGAGGCGGAGCUGAAGCUGCUGAGAGAGCAGACGGUGCGUGCUCAGAGCGAGAGCAAUGAUGAGGGUGACUGGGCCACAGUGGAACCCGAGGCCAGCGAUGAGUGUGAGAGCUCAGCAGAGGGAGCUCAGGAAGGUGCAGGGCACCAGGUCAGCAUACCUCAGCCCGAUGUAAGGGAGGUUCUUCAGUCACUCUUCCCACACAUCACCGUAGAAACAGAACAGGCUAACUGGUUGCAAGAAUUCACUCAGAAAGCCCAGGAAUCUCUCAGUCAAAACCAGCGGGGCGAGGAAACGCAACAGUCAGCCGUAGAAACAACAGAGUCAGCGGAGCUGCUGGCCAAGCUGAAGGAGGCGGAGGAGUCCCACAGCACGCUGCAGGCAGAGUGCGACCAGUACAGGAACGUCCUCGCCGAAACCGAGGGAAUGUUGAAGGACCUCCAGAAAAGCGUGGAGGACGAGGAGCUGGUGUGGAGGGCCAAGAUAGACCAAUCAGAGGAGCAGCUUCAGAGGGCCAUGGAGCAGGUGCUGGCUUUGGAGACGGCCGCAGAGAAGAUGAGGCUGGAGAACCGAAGCACAGAGCAGCUGAGGGGUCAGGUAAUGCUUCUAGAAGCGCAGCUGGAGAAACAGCUGGACACCACCACGCCCUCAGACAGCCCAAAUUACCCUGAAGACAAGACAGAGCCGGAAACCUUGUCGAGUGACUCUCAGAGCCAGCAGGAAAUGGCCCACUCAGAAGAGAAACUAAGUCAGGAGCUGGCUUUGGUCAGCGAGCAGCUGAGUGAGGUCACGGAGCAAGUGCAGGAGCAGGUGCAGGAGCAGGAGCAGGAGCAGGAGCUGAGCGACGAGGAGGCCUCAGAGCCACAGAGCGGCCAACUGGAGCCGCAGUCCAGCGAGGUUCAGUCCCAGCCGGAACAGUCGACAGAGAAAAUGGAGGACGAGGAACCCCCAAGUGAGGGACAAGAGCAGGAGCCGGAGCAGGGGCAGGAGCAGGAGCAGGAGCCAGAGCAGGAGGUCUCGGAGGAGUCUGAACAGACCCAGCAGGCUGCCCCUGAGCUGCAGGAGCCCCUGGACGACGCCCCGGCCCCCGACACAGCGGCCACCAUCUCCGAGCAGGAGGAACUCACCAAAGAGGAGGAUCAGACUCCACUGGACCAGCUGCAGGGAAAGGGUGAAUCUGAGGAAUUGACAGAAGGGACUUCUGUUUGAGCCAGAAGGGACGCUACACAACUUGCCAAAAUGCCUUCCAAUUACUAUAGUUAUGCAUUCGUGAAUAUAUAAAAACCUUAUUGUACUGUAGUUAAUUUCAAAACAUUUUUAAGGAAAACAAAUUUUAAGAAAUAUGAGCAUUUCAUUUUAAGAGGGUGUUGGGCUAAUCUGCUCUGUGGAUGUUCUGUGCCAUGUUGAAACAUACAUUUGAAAUGUACAUUCCGUUACAGAGCUCCUGGCUGUGUCAGAAUAUGGCCAGUGUGCCAAGCCAUUCCAACAGCGAUGGAUCAGUGUUAAGAAAAGGGAAAGAGUAUGUACGUUAAAAGUACAUCACCAAGUGCAAUUACAGUUUUCCUUUAGUGUGUCUUUUGUCAGGUUGAGGUUGAAAAGGUAGGAACAUUUUAUGGUACACAUGCAGAACAAAUACUGCUGGCUACUUUCUGUGGCUGGCUAUCAACACAAAUGUGUUAAUUUGAUAAAUAAACUACAAUGUAGCUACA